AUGCGCUCCCACGUCGCGCCCAGCGCCUCCACCAGCCCCACGGCCCGCCUGGCCCAACCGAGGCCCGCCCGGGCCAGAUCCCCUUCGCUCGCAGCCGCCAAGGCUGUUCCUCCUCGAUCCGACCUGGAUCGGGAGGGAGCCGGAGCGCUGCUCUUCCCCGCCGCGCCGGCGAGUCCGCCUGCCUGCGGCCGUCGUCGGAGCCGUCGGUCGCUGCCGCCCCAGGUCAUUAAUGCCGCCGCCCGGCCCUCGAUUCCUCUCUGCUCCUUCUCCUCACUAUCUCUCUCCCUCCCUCUGUUGCCGCAGGAAACCACCGGCGUCAUUUGGAGCUUCCGCUGCCGCCGUCGAUCAUCGAUGGGCACGCCGACCCCGGAUCCGGCCACUACGGCCUCCUCCCCGCCGGAUCCGAGGGAUCCCGUCCUUCCCGCUUCGUCCCGUUGCCGGAGUCUGCAAGCCGCCGCCGCUCGUCCUCGUCGGGAGGAGGACGACGCCAUCUACGUCGCUGGCCUCGUCCACGCACGGCGAGCGCGGGCGACGUGCUUGUUCGCGCAGGGCGACGGCGUCGGCGGCGGCGGCGGCCCAGGGCGGAUCUCCAUUCUCCGGCCAUCUAUGGCUCCCCCCGAUGAUGUUGCAGGUAACUCUGGUGAGAAUGAGGGGAGUAAGAAGGCUAAGAAGAAGAUUAAGAAGAAAGGCAAUCUAUGUGGCUUUAAGUCAAGGUUUAACUCAAAAAGGCUGGCUCAGAUUGGGAAGCAAAUAUCACCGGAAAAACAGAGAAUCAUAAGGGAGGGAGCGUUUGGGGACUUGUUGGACAUCCGGUCUUUCAAGGUGCCCCAUGAGCUCAUUGAGUUUGUUGCGAUGAACACGAAUCACGUACUCUCUGAGUUCAAACACAAGAACAAAUCUAUCACCUUCAGCAAGCUUAUGGUGAAAAGGAUUUUCAACGUGCCAUCCGGUGAUAGACCCGUGAAGAUUCUAAAGAAGAGUGAUGAACAUGAUCUUCGCAACAUUUACAAGGAGGGGAACAGGGCUCCAAUCGCCCAUGUUGUCAAGUUGCUCACUAGUUGCAGUGAGGAGGACGUGGAUAUGAUAAAUAGGACUUGGGCACUCCUUGCGUUGGCAACAGUUUUGUGCCCAGGCACGGGCAAUAUGGUGAACCUUGAGUAUCUUGCUUCCUUGGAAGAUAUGUCUUUGGUGCAUGAGUUCGCUUGGGAUGAGCACUUGUUGGCACGAGCGAUGGAGGAGGUUGGAGUCUUUCAAGAGAAGAAGAGGAUGCAAGCAAACGCAGAAAAAGAGUUCCAGAUUGCUUCAUGCCUCCCCAUGUUAGCGAUCCGGAGUUUGUGCAACACCCCCUAUGCAGCACAACUUGUGGGACAGGAAGUUGGUGCUGAAGCAGCUAGUGGGCAGGGAGGUGGUGCUGAAGCACCUAGUGGCCAAGGAAUUAGUGGCCAAGGAAGCCAAGUUCAAGGUGCUGAAAAUCAAGCAAAGAACUCUCAAUCAAACGAGGCUCAACAAAAUGUUGAUGCUGAACCACACCUAUCAUCAUCGCUGAACGAGUGGCUGCAGCAAUCAUUCCCUAGCAUGCAAGAUCUAAGGGUACCAACUCAGUUUCAAAUGCUUUACGACAAGCACAAGGGUAUUUUUGCAGCGGAGGUGGAUGAUGUUGUAGGCAAGUUUGGACAGUGUUUAAAGGGAUUGCAGUGCAGCCGGAUGGCUGCCCUCCUUCGCGAUGUUGGAGACGCCGUCACAGCUACCAGUGAGCCCAACUUCUCCUUCGAAGCACCUAUCAUGGACGAAUGUCGCGGAAAAGAGAAUGAUGCUAAAGCUGCAAAUGAUGGCAUUGGUGCUCAAGCUCAAGCUGAAGGUACAACACCUAGCAUUAACAAGGAUGAAGUCACCGGAUUGAAGCAACAAGUAGCAACCGAGGCUGCUGAAACUCGUGAGCAACAAAUAGUGAGUUUCGAGAUGGAAGGGAACGUCUCACCUCACAGCCCCCCACUCUUCUAUGAUGCACCCAGGAGUGCGACAGCUGGCAUUUGGGACGACGAGCCAUCCUGUGAGUUGUUCCCAAAGGGCUCCGAAGACUACGAGAUGAUGCAUUGCACGGAUGAGCCUAUAACCAAGAAAAGCACAGUCAGCCCCAUAUUUGAAAACAUCCCCGUGUUCCCUGUUUCAGACGAUGAUGACAGCCCAACUCCUAAUAUGGUCGCUACAGAAGAGCAUUUUGUUGAGGCAAGCAGUGGCCCUAGCACACAUGACAAGAACACUAGGAAGAAGAGGAUGGCCAAAGUUCCAGCGGUAAAAAAUACCAAGGCAAAGAAGCAAAAGGUUGAUGCAGCUGCAGCCAUGUAUGAGAAGUAUGUAAAGCAUGGGAAACCAUUGAGGAGAUCACAUGCCAAUGAACAAGUGACACCUUUCAUCAAGAUGGGUGGAUUUUACAUUGGAUACAAGAAAUUCCUGGUAUGCUUCAAGCCUCGUGGGGAUAUGAAUGAUGAGGUUAUGUCCCUAUGCAUCGAGAUGAACAACAUGACAUCCCGUGCAGCAAGUGGUACGAAUCGGAAGAAAUACAUGUUCUCAGUCCACGCGGGGAUGCUACUAAAACAAGACCCAACAACCUUCCAACCAGCAAAACUCAUACCCGAGCUUGAAAGGGCUGUGACAAAGUUCAAGGCGAAUAAAUAUGACCUCAUCACAAACUUUGCAGCCCUCGCACAAGAGUACAGCCAAUUCAAUGUCGAUGUUGGAUCCUUCGCCCGUGUUGACCUAGAGGAUUACCCAAAGCAAGAUAACCUAUGUGAUUGUGGCUUUUUCGGGCUCAAAUAUGUGGAGAACUUUGAUGGAAAGUCAAUGAAAGAGUUCAAUCAGGAAGACGUGGCGCGAUACCGCAUGGAUGUGGUGCACAACCUUUGCACUCACCCAAUGAACAAUGCCCCAAUGGAGCGGGCAUUCAAUGAAGAGUUGGCGGCUUAA